AUGCUUAAAUUGGCUUUGCAGCCGAAGAUGACCGAUGACAAUGACGGAUCUAAGAUGUCACACUAUUUGAAAGUGGUUACUGCAGUGAGCGCAUACUGGGUUUGUUCUAUAGGGCUAGUGUUUCUAAACAAGUACCUCCUGAGCAGUAAUGACCUGCAGCUGAACGCCCCGCUCUUCAUUACAUGGUUCCAAUGUGUCGUGACCGUUGGCCUUUGCUUCUCUUUAUCAUUUUUGUCCAAGAACUUUCCACAUACAAUCACAUUUCCUCGUAUGACUCUAGAUGCGAAAAUCAGCAGAGAG